CACUGAAGCAUUUUGUCGCGCUGUCUCUUUGGUUUAUUAUCAGGAUAUAAGGACAAGGUGUAUUUGGAGAUUUAGUCGCCUUUGAAAAACGCGGGAGGAUUCAAGAGGAAAGAACGGUUCUACUUAGUCACCAGUGUAAGGUGGACGUUGCCCACUCGAAGACGCGUCACCAAAGAAGACCAUAAGCUCUGCGUCUGGUGUCCUUGCUUGUUCCUCACUACAAGAAUGAAAGGAAGUCUGCAAAUAUGGGAAUCUUUGGCACUGAUACUUAUAACAAUGACACUGGCUACAGCUGAGGAGUCGGCAGAGAUCAAUGCAUCGAACGAGUUUGAAAAACGGAGCUUUGACAGCAUUGGACAUGGCAACGGAAUAAGUGGCUUCGUGAAGAAAGAUGAGUCCUUCGACAAAAGGAGCUUUGAUAGCAUUGGCCAUGGGAGCGGGCUUAGUUCAUUCGCAAAGAAAAGCUUUGAUAGCAUUGGUCAUGGCAGUGGACUGAGCACCUUUGCCAAGAAGAGCUUCGACAGCAUUGGUCAUGGCAAUGGACUCAGUUCAUUCGCCAAGAAGAGUUUCGACAGCAUUGGCCAUGGCAAUGGACUCAGUUCAUUUGCCAAGAAGAGUUUCGACAGCAUUGGCCAUGGCAAUGGACUCAGUUCAUUCGCCAAGAAGAGCUUCGACAGUAUUGGACACGGGAGUGGAUUGAGUUCUUUUGCCAAGAAAAGUUUCGACAGCAUUGGCCACGGCAAUGGACUUAGUGCAUUCGCCAAGAAGAGCUUUGACAGCAUUGGCCAUGGUAGUGGGCUUAGUUCCUUUGCAAAGAAGAGCUUUGACAGCAUUGGGCAUGGGAAUGGAUUGAGUUCUUUUGCCAAGAAAAGUUUCGACAGCAUUGGUCAUGGCAAUGGACUUAGUGCAUUCGCCAAGAAGAGCUUUGACAGCAUUGGCCAUGGUAGUGGGCUUAGUUCCUUUGCAAAGAAGAGCUUUGACAGCAUUGGCCAUGGCAAUGGACUCAGUUCAUUCGCCAAGAAGAGUUUCGACAGUAUUGGACACGGGAGUGGAUUGAGUUCUUUUGCCAAGAAAAGUUUCGACAGCAUUGGUCAUGGGAGUGGAUUAAGUUCAUUUGUCAAGAAAAGUUUCGACAGCAUUGGUCAUGGAAGCGGGCUUAGUUCAUUUGCAAAGAAAAGCUUUGACAGCAUUGGACAUGGAAGUGGAUUGAGCAGUUUCGCAAAAAGAUCGUUCGACUCAAUUGGACAUGGUGCUGGGAUGUCAUCGUUUAUCAGGAGAUCGCCAAGCCUUGAAGAUGACAACUAAGGAAAAAGCAGGAUACGGGGCUGUGUCAAUAAUUUCCUUUCAACCUUCGAAUACACGAAGCGUUGUCAAAGAAAACGUUCAUACUGUUCAUAAGUAUUCGAAUAUCACUUAAAUGUAAGCGAUUUAUUCCUACCCACAGCGCCUGUUUAUAAUUAUUCUAAAAUCUAUAUUUAUUUAUUGUAUCGCAAAAUAAAAUGUCGUAUUAUUAUGUUAACAGCGUUUAAUUAUGUGCACACAUUGCGUAUUAGAUUAUUGACACAGCAUAGAGUUUGUAUUCAGCACAGGUUUUUCAUCGGAACUCGAUUACAACAGAUGAAUUGCAACAUUGUUUAAGAAUGCAAUUCGCGAUGUGUCUGAAAUGCAGUUUUUACUGACAGGGAGAAAUCCCUGUUGAUCUCCGGUUUGCGUUAGAAUGUGUUGGACAUUUGGCCGUAAAUUUAAAGACAUGACAAAUCAGUGUGAAGAAUUGCUAAUUCAUGUGCUCCGUAGCCACGUGGGCUUAGAGAGAAUUUGUCACAAUUGCAAUAUCCAGGUGCGUGUUUACUCAGGAGAGUGUCAGAGACAAGCUAGUUCUAAAAGCUUGUCAUGAAGUAAGCCCCUCCCCACCCGUUCCAUACCCUUUAAAAUUUUUCAUCAAAUUAUCCGCAUAGAAAUGCGUUACACCUGACGAUUGCAUUGGGAUUGCCCUUGCAAUUCAAGGAAAAUCCCAUUAUUGGCGACUGUCACAGGCCUCGCAUUGAUAAACGAAUCGUCCUGAUUCCAUGAGGGAUAACGCGUUUAUCUAAGUUUAAUCGGCCAGAUCAACUUAAUACAAGAAAUUAACGAUGGCUAGGUGUCUCUUUUGUUAGUUUUUAAAAUCCUGGUUUGUAUAAAUUGCCUAACCAAGGUAAUCUUGUGAUAGCUUAAAUAUUUACAAAGUUCAAUAUCGAAUGGAUUGUAUGUUUUUCAAGAUCGUGCUGAGAUGACAUGUUCUGAAGUUUUGAAAUCAAGCCAGUUUCAGUAUAUGCUUCGGUCACUUUCAAAUAACGUUUCAACAACAGAUCGCUGUACCCAUUAUCCACUUGUGACAGGGGAUGUUAAUAUCAAAGUUUAUGUGAAACAUUGCAGAGUAUGAAUUCCAGAGGCUGGUGUAUUUUCCGCAAUAAAAUAUGCUACAUUGUACAGCUUAAAUAUAUGUGGUGAGUAUAUUAUCAAUAAACAACUCCGAUCUCAA